AGCAACCAAAGAUACAAAAGACAUCACAUGUCCAUGAUAUACAGUUUAACACAUUUUGAUCAUCAAAUUCUCAAUUCUAACACUGUAAAAUCGUUUAAUUUGAUAUUAAUUAUAUCCCCAGGUAGCCAUUAGACAUAGUUGGGCUUAAAUUUCUCUUAACCCGGGCUAAUUUGAAGUGUAGCAUGCCCUUAUUUUUUCCAUAUACAGUAUAUACUCAACGGUUUUUCUUCCUUUUCCCUGUCGACUAACAAAUAACAUAAACCAAGAAGCAUUAAACUCCUUCAAACCUUGCUCUACAAAUGCACUUUCUCCUCUCUGUCUAAACUCUAAACCAUAACGUCAAACUGAGCAGAAAUGUCGCCUUCUUGUUCACAAUCGUGGCAGGCACCAAUCUACUUCACCCUCUCAGCAGCAGUCUUGGCCUUCAUGGCAAUCUCAACAGCCAUGCAUCAUACCAACACUGCAACCCCAGUAACUAAUCCCACCACCUAUCAGCUCUCUUUAAACGCCUCCAGAGCUCUUAGAAGAUCAGGCUUCAACAUCAUUGCCACUCUUCUCCAGGUUUCGCCUGAAAUCUUCAUGUCUUCUCCAAACUCAACAAUCUUUGCCAUCAAAGAUUCUGCCAUCUCCAAAACCUCUUUCCCUCCCUGGCUCUCGAAAGAUCUUCUUCAGUACCAUACCUCUCCUCUCAAGCUUUCCAUGAAUGACCUCUUAAAGAAGCCUCAAGGUAGUUGCUUCCCAACCCUUCUUAAUGGACAGAAGAUUGCCAUAACCAAGAUUGGUGCAAAGAAAAGACUUUUGGAGAUCAAUCACGUCUUGGUGUCACAUCCUGACAUGAUUCUUGAAGGACCCUUGUCAAUUCAUGGAGUUCUUCGGCCAUUUUCAUCUUUUAAUGCUCAAGAUUCUCUCCAGGGUUGGAAUUACAUGCAAUCACCAAUAUGUGAUUCCAAUUGUAGACUAGUUUCUGAUUCCAACGAAUCAAAGAAUGUAGUCGAAUGGAGCCGAAUUAUCCGUUUGCUAAGCUCAAAUGGUUUUGUUUCAUUUGCGAUUGGUUUGCAUUCUGUUCUUGGUGGGAUUCUUGAAGAUCACAUGAACCUAAAUUCAACAACAAUCUUCGCUCCACUAGAGUUCUUGUUUGUAGCAUCUCCUUCUCCAUUGCUAGACAGAAUUGUGAGAUUUCAUAUACUCCCUCAAAGAUUUACUUACAAAGAACUUGAUUCUUUGCCUGAUAAAGCAUUAUUGAGAACAAUAGUUGCCCAUCAAUAUCUUGAGAUCACUGCAGGCGUUAACUCUACCCAAGGAUUGUGUGUUAAUGGAGAACAGAUCAUUGCACCUGACAUUUUUUGGUCCAAGAAGUUCGUGAUUCAUGGAAUAUCUCAAGCUUUAGGAGAUGGCAGAGCUUCCUAAUACAUCAA